CAGCUCAGAAUCAGAUGGAUGUCAUGUCAUUGCUACUUGCAAAGCUUGCCUCCAUGUUUGUUUUAUAUUGAGCAUAUCCUCCCCCAAGGCAACUACUCCUACGCACACUAUGACCACUAGAGGGCGAUGUUGUGCAGUGGAAGAACUUCUACUUUGGUUUUAUCCACUCACUGUCUUCAUCUCAUGCACAUCCACAGACAAGGACUUUGUCCAAGGUUGCUGCUAUUGCUGCUGCCCAAAUCACUCUCUCUCUCCUCAACCAAUCAGAGGUGCAUCUCAGGUCCAAUAAACAUUUAAAGGAUUCAUUGGUAUCCGUGAAAUACUGUACUCAUCUACAGUGUAAUCUUGAUAAAUUGAUCAGCACCAGUGAUGAGAACAGUUUUUUCUGCUUUCCGGUUGUUGCAGGACUGUUUGAGAUGAGAUGAAAUGGAUGAAUGUCUGGUACAUCAAUGUGCUUGUUAUCUCCCUGGUUGAUUCUCUGUUGUCUCUGCGCCUCAGUCUUGGACUGUCAUCUGUCUUGCUUAAGUUACUUUCUCUCUAAAUCUGGGAUCUUUAAAUUUGGCCUUUUUUUAGGGUUCCGACACAAGUCUGAAAAGAGUGAAAACUAGUCUUAUAAGGUUUGUGCUUGUCUAAAAUAAUAAGUGUCAGUUUGAUUCAUAUUUUUUGUGGUCACGUUGCCCACUUACUGUUAUAGUACUGUACAUCAAGGAAAAACCUUCAUUUAAGGCAGAUUUUAAAAUGAAAACUGUGUAGGAACCCUGUGCUCCACAAACUCUGCAUGCUCUACGUUUGCCUUUUGUCCGCAGUGCCUGCUUCUGGUCUCUUUUGUUUGCUAUUCCCUAACACACAAAUAUCAGAUCUGAGCAAGUGUUUAGCCAUAGCAGAAGAAUAGCAAUGUCUUUAAGUUGAGGCUUAUGUUUGAAGUGCACACUAAGGACAUCUUAUAUGGAAAUUGUAAAAAGUCACCAAUUUUUACAGCAGGAUUUACAGGUCUCAGUUCUUUCUUGGAUUGACUUAAGCAGGAUGCACUAGGAGAGAAUUUUAUCAUCGACUGAUUUAGACCUUUUGAAAACCUCUCAGAGCCCUGUUGAUGCCAGAUAUGUCUGCGCAUCAUCUCUGUUUUUCUGCCAAAAUAUCCACCUGCAGACAGUUUAGUCUUCCUCUUCAAGGCUUGAGGCUCUGUGCAGUAUGUCAUGUGUCUGUUGCCAUGGUAACAGGAGAAGUACCGGCGCGAGCAGGAGAAGCUGAAGGAAGAGUGGGAGAAAGCGCAGAGGGAGGUGGCAGAGGAGGAGAAGAAGUACCACGAGGAGGAGCGUAGGAUACUGGAGGAAACUGUGACGCCUCUGACUCCCCGCUCCUCAGCCCUGCCCUCCCCCAGCCGAGGCGAGCUCUCCUCCACCUCGGAGCCCCAGGACACCAUCGUCCGUUCGCUGGCUGACUGGGAACGCAAGCAGGAACUGCUGGAGAGGCAGUCGGCACAGAGGGCCAGCACAGAGAGUGUGGAAUGGAAACGGAGAGAAAACGACAGGACCAGUGACAUCAGCACAGCUGAUGACAGCAUGAAAACAGGCAAAAGCUUGGUGAGUCAGAGCAGCAGUCAGACAGAGACACCCGGUCAAAGUCUGCAGAAUGGCCAAAAACCUCCCCUAAUGCCGACCAAAACCUCGACUCCAGUGAAGAAACAAGAGCCCACAGCAGACAGCAACAAGCCCAGCCGGCCUGCAGGAGACAGGAGGAGUGGUCUAAUUGAUAAUAACGUGGGCCACAGCUCAUCAAACCCCCCCACAGCAUGUCCACCACCUCCAGACACACUGCCUCCAGCACCCAACAGGUCUGUCAGCGGGAAGAAGCUGUGCUCCAGCUGUGGGCAGCCGUUAGGAAAGGGGGCGGCCAUGAUCAUAGAGACCCUCAGUCUCUACUUCCACAUUCAAUGCUUUAAGUGUGGGGUGUGUAAGGGACAGUUAGGUGACACGACCACGGGGACAGACGUCCGGAUCAGAAAUGGCCUCCUCAACUGCCACCAGUGCUACAUCCGCUCCCGCUCGGCUGGACAGCCAACCACGUUGUGAUGCUCAACAGAAAAGCACAAGGUUCAUGGAAGAAACCCCGUCCCUGUUUUAACCCAGUUAUCUGCAAAUCAUGUCCUUCACAGUGUGUCGGGAUCUUUGCAUCCGCUGCAGUUCAAUAACAAAUGAAGAUUCAUCAUGGGGGCCAAACAGGGAUCUGGGGGACAGUCAAACAAUAUAUAUAUAUAUAUAUAUAUAUAUAUACAUAUAUAUAUAUAUAUAUUCAUGUGUAUGUCAUUUGAUAUGUGGGUGAAAUCUGGAUUUGAUUGGUCCAUGUACCACCACAGACUCUGUUUCAUCAUGCAGCAAGAGAGACUGUUCUGGGGUGGCGGCCAUGUUGAAAAGAAAACACAAUAACAUUUACAGACGCUUCAGACUGGUUGGAAAAAAUGUGAAUAUUUACCAUUAAAUUCCAUAUAAUGGAAAUGCAGUAUAUUACAUAGUUAAUGAAUCUUUUUUUUAUCAUUUAAGAAAGGUUUUCUUAAUUUGGAGUGAUACAAUGCAAAAACUGGAGAGAAAACUGAAUAUGUGGUCGGCAGCUCAGAUUGGAUUUUGUAAUUUCUCUUAACAGGCUGGAUCUGAAAAGCAUUAAUAAUUUCAUGCCCCUUUAAUGAAGUACUAGAUAAAAACAAAAGAUAAACAGAAACAUAAUUUAGAUAUUGCUAUAAAAGUCAUUAUAAACUAUUUAGAUCCACAGACACUAUAUAUACAGUAAAUCAGUUUUUUUUUUUAUCAUUUGGCCUGUACUAUGUCUCUUCUUCUGUUCUCCUGAAUAAUAUUAGCUUAUAAUAUAAACACAUAUUAUGGAUGUAGUUUCAUCAUUAGGGCAAUAACACGACAUGUGAGCUGUUUGUGUGCGUUUGAGUCACAGCAGGUUGCUCCUCGGCCAGCCUGUCCGCUUGGAAAGUCAGGACUUCAAUGUGCCUUAGGAAAGCAAGGUGAUGCAGGAAAAUAAACACCAGCUAUAUGGUGUUUAAGUUCUCUUUUUUUGUUUUGUUUUGGGGUGUAGGGAGGGAGUUUGGCCAAAUUUGAACCCUUAAACUGCAGACAGACAGGCUGCAGCCCUCCCUCAAAUCACACUUCACUUCAGUUGAAGUACUGUUUAUUUUACAUAAACAACACCCUUAAUUUCAUAUUCCCCCAUGUGAUUCCUCAGUGAUUUGCAGUGAUAAAAAACAGAGGAAUACAUUUGUUUACUGUUUGGAAAAAUACAGCAUAUAUACUGCAGGGGAAAUGGGGAAACCAUUGAUUUAAUUUUGAAUGUUUUAUUCAAGAGCGAUAUAGACUUCUGUAUGCUAUUAAUUGAGGUUUUGAUAAUUGCUCAGUGGUAGGAUUCAUUUAUAAAAUAAAAUAAAUAUAAAAACACAAAAAUCACCAGUACAUGUUACAGCUAGUUAAACAGCAGAGAUAAUAUGAACACACAUACCAGCAGCAGUUGCAUCUGUGCAAUAUUUGGUUGGAUGAAAACUAAAGAUCUGUGCCGCCAGCUGGACAUUUUUAGUCACUUGCUUCUUUCUUUCUUUUUUGCACUUGUAUGAGAAGAGCUCGGUAAUGUAUUGUGGAUAUAAAAAAUGCACGUUUAAGCCUAAAACCAAAUGAUUUGCUGUAUGAAAGCAAACUAGCAGCCUCCUCCUCCUGAACUGCGUCCUAUAGCCAAGCUUCUCUUCCAGGUUCAUCUCACUGAUCUACAGUAUUUUUAAGCUUCUGUUCUGAUUGUGUAUUUCAUUUUUUAUCCCAACGUAGUUAAUGAAUAAAUCUCGGCUGAGUCUCUAAUAGUGGGAUCUUUGAGAGGGAGCUCUAUAUUCAGACAGUCUUCUUAACAGGAUAGUUGGGGAAUGAAACUUUUUCGUCUGUUCUGUAUUUAUUGUAAUAUUCACAUGAACACUAUCCGAAAUAUAGAUUAAUUUGAUGUUUAAAUGCAAUGGCAUUUAUAUCAUACUGUAUGUUUAUAAAUAAAAUGUUAUAAACUAAAA